AUGUCAUUCACGUCAGAACCCUCCUCCUCAACAGGAGGGCAGUUCCAAGACAAUACAAUUCCAUCUACAGCACACCUAGAACCAUUGACAAUUCCGCCAAACGAGGCCACAGAAGGCCAUCCAAACCCAUUCACUGAGCAGGAGCUUGGGGAGUACAAAGAACAAGACCGUUACCUCCCAAUUGCCAAUGUCGCACGGAUAAUGAAGCUCUCCGUUCCAUCGAAUGCAAAAAUUGCGAAGGACGCGAAGGAGGCGAUGCAAGAAAGCGUUUCCGAGUUCAUUAGUUUCAUUACGUCCGAAGCAGCGGAGAAGUGCCUCAUAGAGAAGCGCAAAACCAUUGGAGGUGAAGAUAUAGUGUAUGCGAUGAAGAGUCUAGGGUUCGACAAUUAUGCUGCCGUGCUCCAAGUUUAUUUGGCUAAACUCAGGCAGCACCAGGCGAUGGUUUCUGCGGCCAGAUCUCAGGCCCAAGAUGUUGACGAGCCAAUCAAUCAUUCACAUCAACGCAACUUCAUCAUCCCUACCGGACUAGUGCUGAGGGCACGCCUGAAAACGCUUCACAGUCAUGAGCGCUACUGGAUAUACCGUUAA